AUGGAGCAACCACCAGGUUUUGUUGCUCAAGGGGAGAAUUCUGAAAUGACCAAAGAUCUUGGCAGACUUCAAUAUUUCUUAGGGAUCGAAGCGGCACAAUCUAGGCAGGGCAUUUCCAUUUGUCAGAGGAAGUAUACAGUGGAUAUCCUAGAUGAGACUGUUAUCAGGAUUCUUCGAUAUAUCAAAAGAGCACCAGGAAGAGGUUUAUUAUACACAAAUAAAGGGAAUGCAGAGGUGUCUAGCUAUUCAGAUGCUGAUUGGGUAGGUUCUCCUUCAGAUAGACAAUCCACCUCGGGGUAUUGUGCUCUCCUCGGAGGAAAUGUGAUCUCUUGGAAGAGUAAAAUGCAAACUGUAGUUGCCAGGCCAAGUGCAGAGGCAGAAUAUCGGGCAAUGGAAAAUGCAACCUGUGAGUUCGUCUGGCUGAAACAAUUGCUUAAUGAACUACAUCUCUGUGAAUAG